AUGGUAUCCCCCAAUAAGCCCCUAAUCAUUCCCCGCACGGAUCACACCACAUAUGUUUGGGCACUUCCUGUUCCUGGGGUCCUCGCCCACGUAGGCUAACAACGCAAGCAUUGUACCGAAAACCCCAGGCAUCAGAUGCUCCAAUCUUUGCUGCCCAUACAUAGGCCGCCUCUAGAGAGCAAAAAAGAGAAGUGCAAACAAAGAUCCUCAAAAGGACAGGCAGCCAAAUGCCCCACCACAGCGUAGCCCCUCCUCACUGACUCACCUGCAAAAACCACUUGCAAACCACACAAACCGAAACCGCCAGCUCCCCUGCCUCCAUUUUUAGCAACUUUUCCCUUCAAUCUCCCGUCGCAGUCACCCUUCUUGCACCCCCGCGCAGCUUCCGACACCUCCGACCUUCUCUGGCGGCGCCCCGCCGUUGGACGCUCAUGGAGAAGAGCCCGGGCGCCGCGCCGACAUCAUCGCCCGAGGAGGAGGUGGCGGCGGAUGGCCGCGGGCACGUUGAGGACGCGACGGGGCAGAAGGAGCAGGCGACGCCGGUGGUGCUCAAGAAGGGGCCGUGGACGGCAGCGGAGGAUGCCAUGCUCAUGGACCACGUCCGGCACCACGGCGAGGGGAACUGGAACGCAGUGCAGAGGGUGACCGGCCUGCUGCGCUGCGGCAAGAGCUGCCGCCUGCGCUGGACCAACCACCUCCGCCCCAACCUCAAGAAGGGCUCCUUCUCCCCCGACGAGGAGCUCCUCAUCGCCCAGCUCCACGCGCAGCUCGGCAACAAGUGGGCGCGCAUGGCCGCGCAUCUGCCGGGGAGGACGGACAACGAGAUCAAGAACUACUGGAACACGAGGACCAAGCGCCGCCAGCGCGCCGGCCUGCCUGUGCACCCGCCGCCAGAGGUGCAGCUCCAGCUCGCCCUCGCCAGGCGCUGCCGCUACGACGACUUCUCGCCGCUGCCGUCCCCGCAGGAGCUGUCCGGUGUCCAGGCGCUGGUGGGCGCCGCCGCCUCGGCCGGGUACGCCAGCUCCCGCCCGGCGCCCCUCGACCUGGCUCGGCAGCUCACCCAGACGACGAACCAGCAGACGGAGACUGUGCAGUUCCUCUCGCCGCCACCCUUCUCGGCGCCGUCGUCCCCGUGGGCGAGGCCGUUCGCCCGGAACGCGCAGUACUUCCAGCUCGCGCACUCGUCGUCGCCCGUGUCCCCGACGACGCCGGACCUGUCCCUCGGCUACGGCGCGCGCAGCGCCGGCGCCGACCAGAGCAGGCUCCCGCCGCUCUCGCCGUCCCCUUGCCCCAGAGUGGUGGAGCUCCCUUCAAACCAAUACGCCCAACCGACGCCGCCGGCCUCGGCCGCCGCCACCGCACUUGGAGGUGGUGGCGCAGCGCUGCCGGAUCAUCAGAACGCGGCGAGCCUCGAGAAGAUGCUGCGCGAGCUGCAUGACGUCAUCAAGGUCGACCCGCCGGCGCUGGUCCCGGCCAGCGGCGGCGCUGCCCUGGAGUGGCAUGGUGGCGGAGAAUUUGUGAGCGGCCUGCAGGCCCUGCAGCAGCAUCGGGUUGACGACAUGGAUACUCUGUUCGGCCUGCUGCACCCGCCGCUCCGCCGCGCGCCGGAGACGGUGGCGGCGGCAGCUGCAGGCUCCACCCACUCCGGCUCGACCUCGCAGCACAGCAGCGACGACCAGAAGCCCACCGACGUCGUCGGCCUCGGCCUGGACCUGGACCUCCAGGUCGCCGGCAGCACCGUCUCGUCGGACCAGGAGGACUGGGGCCUCGACGCCGUCUGUCAGUGGAGCAGCGUGUCCAGGAUCUGCUGAUCGCGUGCACGGACUGCAGGGAUCGGCGUAGCGAUGCCGAAUCGUCGGUCAAGACAUCGUGCAUGCAUCCGGUGAUUCUGAGAACUGGAAGAGAGAGAGAAUGCCUUUUUUUUUGAACGUUUAAAUUUCUUGCUGCUGUCAGAUGCCAAGCAGCAUGGGCAAACGGAUUUGUUUCCCGUUCAAUGUUCAUGACGACUAUGGUUGGUUAGUUACCGAGUCGGCUGCGCAACCCAACGGAAUUUGCGUCAGCGUCUCUGGCA